AUGUCCGAGAUGCCAACCCUCGGACGCAGCGGGAUUUAUUUCUGGACGCUGCUCGCCUUUGUCCUCCUUCAACUUCCCACCGGCUUCGCGGUCAAUAUGCCCAUGUUUCUCGUCUUCCGACUGUUGACGGGCUUCUUUGGCAGCCCAUGUUUGGCCACGGGUGGCGGCACCAUCACGGACAUCUAUGAUCCCGCUCGAGUCGCAUAUGGAAUUUGCAUUUGGGGAUCAUUCGGCAUCUGCGGUCCGGUAUUUGGUCCAAUCAUCGGCGGAUUCGUGGCUCCGGCCAAGGACUGGCGCUGGACCAUCUGGGUCAUCACUUGGCUGUGCUCGUUGGUGCUGGCCAUGCUCUUCUUCCUUCUCCCCGAGACCAGUUCAGCCAAUAUCCUGUACAAGAGAGCGAAGAGGCUGAGGGAAACGACCGGAGACGACCGCCUGAGAAGUCAGUCCGAGAUCGACGCCGCUCAUCACACCAUGAGAGAUCAUUUGAUUGUCCUCAGCAGGGCAUUCAUAUUGACGUUCUCGGAACCCAUCGUCUUCUCGCUGGAUUUAUACACGGCUCUUCUGUACGGAGUGCUCUUCAUUUGGUUCGAAUCGUUUCCUCUGGUAUUUAGCGAGAUCUAUGGAUUUGACCUCGGUCAGCAGGGGCUUGUCUUUCUCGGCAUCUUCGUGGGAGCUGUCGUCACCGUGCCUCUCUUCCUGAUGUGGGUGAGAUAUGGCAUCAUUCCGAGAUUCACCAAGCCAACCUUCAAACCUGAGAUGGUUCUUCCGCCGACGUUCUUUGGGUCUGCCUUCCUGCCCAUCUGCCUCUUCUGGUAUGGUUGGUCAGCACGGGAGAGUAUCCACUGGAUAAUGCCGGUCGUCGGCUCCAGUUUCUUCACCGUCGGCAUUGUCACUCUCUUUAAUCCAGUGCUCAAUUAUUUGGGAAUCUCAUACCCUCUGUCCGCGGCGUCGAUAUUUGCAGGAAAUGCACUUUUCCGCGCAUCGUUCGGAGCGAUAUUCCCACUAUUUGCGCGACAACUUUUCCGCCAAUUGGGCAUUGGCCCUGGUAAUUCGCUCCUAGGUGGCAUUGCAAUAUGCUUCAUGCCUCUUCCUUAUAUCUUCUACAAAUAUGGAGGGAAGAUCCGACACAUGAGCAAGAACGCCCGACACGAUGUCUGA